AUGGAAUUAGUUAAUGUUGAUGAAGGGCAACCAAAUUUACAACCACUCACAAGUGAACAACAUGCUAAAGCAACAAACAAAACUGUUGUUCAUCCUGAUGAAUGUUAUAGAAUGAUUCGACGUGUUACUGAUGAACGUCGAUUUAAGCAGGAUCCAUAUUUAGAAAAAUUUGGUCUUACUGUUGAUGUUGAUGAAAUGUUAAUGUUACCAGCUAGAAUUUUACCACCACCAAAAAUCAUAUAUAAAUCAUCACAUGGUGCUCAAGGUGAUGUUAUUGAACGAGUACAAAUUGGCAAAUGGUGGUUAAAUAAUCGUUUUGAUAAAACAUGUGAAAUACGUACAUGGGCUGUUGUUCUUGUUAGUGAACGUGAACCAGAUAAUCGACAAAUUCGUUUAACGAGAGAUUUUGCUCAAAGAAUUUCACAGGUUUUAAUUGAGUUUCUU